ACGUAAAAUAUCGGAUAUUUCUAUGGCGAGUUGGUAUACUUCACAUAAACACUUGAACUGCGUUUUGAAGAGAGAGAAGAUGUUUGGGCAACUUGAGCAUGAGCUAGAGCUGCACGUGCCGGCAAGUGAGGCAUGGGAUCUCUUUGGUACCCUUCGAAUAGGAAAACUCGUUGAGCAAGAGUUGCCUGAACUGUUCCACAAGGUUGAGUUAACCCAAGGAGAUGGAGGGGUUGGCACUGUCCUCAAGCUAAGUUUCGCUCCAGGUGUGCCUGGACCUGCUGUUUACAAAGAGAAGUUCACCAAGAUUGAUAAUGAGAAGCGCAUAAAAGAAACAGAGGUAGUGGAAGGAGGGUACUUGGAGUUGGGAUUCACUCUCUUUAGAGUUCGUUUUGAAGUAAUUGAGAAAGGUGAAGAGUCGAGCAUAAUCAAAUCUACAAUCGAGUAUGAACUCAAGGAAGAGGAUGCAUCCAACGCCUCGCUUGUUUCUGUCCAGCCAGUGGCAACCAUUGCACAACUCGCCAAGAAUUACCUCAACAAGGCUGCAAAAGAACCAAAACAGUAACCAUUUAUGCAUCAUAAAGAGUUAUAUAAUAAUAUUUAAUAAAAAUUUAAUAUAUAUAAUUUCUUAUCAUGUAAAAACAAACAACUUGCUUUGCUUCCUUAUCUUUGUUUGUUUUUAAUUCAUUUAAGUGUGUGCUUCUUGUAUUAUUGAGAAACGUAUCCUAUUAAAUGAGAAUUCGGUGAU